AUGCGGUUCCCAAUCCUCAUCACGUGGGCGCUUGUCCUUCUGUCAUCCCUUGGACAAGCAUCGCCGACCGGCUGCGUCGACGGUCUCUGUCCCAUGACGCGGGCUGGACUGACUGCAUUUCAAAUCGAAACCGAUCUUGGUCAACUACUCUGCGACUCCUCCAGUGUCUUUGGGCACAACGAUCCUCGCUGGCUGGGUGCGACCCUGCGAUAUGAGGAAUACCUGCCUCCCCAGUUCACAGUCAUCACCCAAGUCGGCUGUGAGUCUGAUGUCUCCACCGUGAUUCAGUAUGCGAACAGAAACGGCAUCCCUUUCUACACGGUCAACCGAGGCCACGGGUGGCCGAUAUCUCAGGGAUCAUUUCAAGGGCUGGGAAUCGACCUACGACUGUUGCAGAACGUUACAGUAAACCACGCGAGACAGACUGCCACCGUGCAAGGCGGCAUUGAGACACAAGGCCUGAUCGAUGCACUGUGGAAAGAGGGUUUAGUCACCACGACGAGUGUUUGCGCGUGCAUCGGACAUGUUGGCCCAGCCAUCGGUGGAGGCCACGGAAGAUAUCAGGGCCAGUAUGGGAUGAUGAGCGACAACUUUGUGACGUUGAAUGUUGUUCUCGCCAAUGGAAGUUCCAUCGUCGUUUCUAAUGAUUCCCAUUCGAACUUGUUCUGGUCGAUGAAAGGGGCUGGUCACAACUUGGGUGUCGUGACGAGCCUCGAGAUAAAGGUCUACCCACCUCCGACCAAGACCUGGUACUUUCGAAACUACUUCUACACGGAGGACAAACUCGAAAGCCUGUUUCAAGCACUCAACAACCUAACAGGCGACGGAACACAGCCGCUCGAGCUGGACUUCCAUUUCGGCCAUUACGAGUGGAACCCGCUUCUUAGCCUCAGCGAUGCUGUGAUUUGGUGGUCAUUCAAUUUCCUUGGCACCGAACGCGAAGCAGAAAAAUACCUGGCGCCCUUCAACAACCUCGGCCCGAUGAACGUUGUCGCAGGCGCUGUGCCCUAUCCCGCCAUGCCGGAUGCGACGCGAAAUGGCAGGGUCAGUCUACCCUGUACGAAGGGACUAGCGAAAAUGAUGUCUACCACCGGUCUCCAGAUAUUCAACGUGACAGCGUGUCGUCAGGCGUAUGAUCUGUUCAAUACGUACUUGAAGGAGUAUCCAGGGCUCAAGCCUUCCAUUCUUCUGUUCGAGGCGAAUAACCCGGCAGCGGCCCGAGCAAUUGACCCUGGUAGCUCUGCAUUUCCCCAUCGUGACGAUAAUAGUCGGGUGGUCGCCAUGAUAGCGUAUUUGCCCACUCUUCAUCUUGAGGAACCCGCAUCGCAACUUGCCAGCGGCAUACUAGACGUUAUGCUAGACGGCCAGCCCGACAGAGUGCCAACGACCUAUGUCAACUAUGCAUUUGGCUAUGAGUCGCUGGAAUCCGUGUACGGCUACGAAUGGCGGUUACAGAAGCUACGGUCCGUCAAGACCGAGUACGACCCUGACAACAAGUUUUCCUAUUAUGUGCCCAUUGUUCUGGAUGCAAAGGAUAGUGCAUGA